GAACCAAAGCCAAAUUUGCCUAAAUGAAGCCAAUGGCGGAGAAUCGCCAUUGUUCAACCAUUCUUCAAGUGUCUGUUAUGUUCGUUAUCUUCUCCAUACCUUACCUUCAUGAUUCUCCGCCCUUGGCCCCACUGCUCUCUUCGAACCAAAUUGUUGGGCUAAAUUCAAGCGGCUGCGGCACUAACAUCCUGAACCUCUUUGCAAAAUGCCUCCGCAUCCACCGGAAGAUGGGAUUCCCUUGAACACCACGGCGGUGGCCAUUGACAAGGAUAAGAACAGCCAACACGCCGUCCGUUGGGCUAUUGAUCAUCUGGUCAUAAACAACCCGAUUAUCAUUCUCAUCCAUGUUAGGCAUAAAGCUUAUCAAAAUCAUCAGGACGCGGGCGAUUCUGAAAAUGGUGAAACUGAUGCGCAGCAGCUGUUUGUUCCCUAUCGUGGAUAUUGUGCUCGUAAAGGGGUUCAGCUGAAGGAGGUUGUUCUUGACGAACCUGAUAUUCCCAAAGCGCUCGUUGACUACGUUCACAAGAAUUGUGUCAACAAUUUUGUAGUUGGAGCUUCAACAAGGAGUGCUCUAGCAAGGAAAUUUAAAGGCCCUGAUGUUCCAACCAGCGUAAUAAAAAUUGCCCCAGAAUUUUGUUCUGUGUACGUAAUAUCAAAAGGGAAGAUAAUAUCUGCGAGGGCAGCUCUUCGGCCAGUGGCUAAUACUGCCAUGCCACCGAAACAACCGUCGCCGCUUGGAGUUCAGCCAAUUGCUCUACCAGACAGCAGCAGUGAACAAGAAAACGGAGCCAAAGGGCAACCAGCGAAGGAAGGAUGGAAAUGUGCAGGUUCAGAUAGAAUGCUCAACGAAAGAAAUGGUGGAAAGCCAGCAAAAGCGUUGACCCGUGAGAGACCGAAAACUUCUCCGUCUAAUAUAUCAAUAGAAAAUGUAGAGGUUUCGAAUCGAGGGCCUAGGUCUUCAUUUAGCCGUGAUUCAGUCUCUGAUGACAAUCUGUUGAAUGCACAGAUGCCUUUUGGUUCAUUGGACGUGAAUGCUCAAAAUUUAGAUUUCAGUACUACCUCAAAUUUGUCAACGGACUCUGCUUCCUCACAAUCUACUCGGGAACUAGAGGCUGAGAUGAAAAGAUUGAAGUUGGAAUUAAAGCAAACCAUGGAUAUGUAUAGCUCAGCCUGUAAAGAGGCAAUCUCAGCCAAGAACAAGGCGAGAGAACUUAGUCAAUGGAAGCAAGAUGAGGCACGUAAGUUUGAGGAAGUCAGGCUAGCUGAAGAGGCCGCUCUAGCUAUGGCUGAGAUGGAGAAAGCCAAGUGCAAAGCUGCCAUUGAAGCAGCAGAGGCAGCACAAAAGCUAGCCGAAAGAGAAGCCCAGAGAAGAAAACAGGCUGAAAUCAAGGCCAAACGAGAGGCAGAAGAGAAAAAACGAGCAUUGUGUGCUUUAGCUCAGAAUGACGUCCGAUAUAGAAAAUACACUAUAGAGGAGAUUGAAGAGUCUACUGAAAGGUUCUCUGAAAAAUUGAAGGUUGGAGAAGGUGGAUACGGUCCUGUUUAUGUAGGCAAACUUGAUCAUACAGAUGUUGCGAUUAAAGUUUUAAGACCCGACGCUGCUCAAGGACGGAAGCAAUUCCAGCAAGAGGUGGAGGUCCUUUGUUCUAUUAGACAUCCAAACAUGGUCCUUCUUCUUGGGGCAUGCCCUGAGUAUGGUUGCUUAGUAUAUGAGUACAUGCAGAAUGGGAGCUUAGAAGACAGACUUUUCCGGAGAGGGAAUACUCCUCCAUUAUCUUGGAGACGACGAUUCAAAAUAUCUGCUGAAAUUGCUACUGCACUCCUUUUUCUUCACCAAGCAAAGCCAGAUCCGCUCGUGCAUAGGGACCUUAAACCAGCUAACAUUCUCUUGGACCGCAAUUUUGUGAGCAAAAUCAGUGAUGUUGGCCUGGCCCGGUUAGUCCCACCUUCUGUAGUUGAUCAAGUCACUCAAUAUCACCUGACUUCAGCAGCUGGCACAUUUUGUUACAUUGAUCCCGAGUAUCAACAAACAGGAAAGUUAACGACGAAAUCGGAUAUUUACUCGUUUGGAAUAAUGUUACUUCAAAUCAUUACUGCCAAGCCUCCAAUGGGUCUGGCUCACCAUGUGCAAAGGGCUAUUGAGAAAGAGAGGUUUGAUGAGAUGCUGGAUCCUACAAUUCCAGAUUGUCCAUUGGAGGAGGCUAUAAGUUUUGCAAAACUGGCAUUGAAUUGCGCUGAACUGAGGAAGAGAGACAGGCCAGAUCUUGGAACAGUUAUAGUUCCAGAGCUGAACAGGUUAAGAGAUCUUGGGAGGAGUUCUGACAAACGUGAAAGCCGGAGUCUACUUCUACGCUCUUCUGCAUCAAGUUCCAAUUCGAGGCCACAGUCAUCAAAUGAGGAUUCCACCGUAUGACAGUUGUGAGGAAAGUUGCUUGAUUUAAUGACUGCUUACAGAAGGGCUGUGGUAAAUAGAAUAUGAACCCAAUGGAGUUCUUCAUUUGAAUGUGGAAUAAGCCGAAGGAUCAGUAAUGUGAACAAACCUGUCUCUUCAAGAAACCUUCAUACAUGUAUCUGAAGAUUCUGGUUGAUGUUUCCAACAGAUAUAGAGUUAUAGCUGAUCCCAUCAAGAGCUAAAACUCAUCAGUUCAGGAGUAAAGCAACUGACUCCACAUGUUAUAUUGGAUUUUACAUCAUUCCAUAAGAACACCAUUGUAAAUUCUUAACAACUUUUCAUUAUUCUCAAGUCAUGCAGGUCAAAAUCGUCCAUUUACUUGUAUUCAUCGCAUGUUGUCGUGGCAUUAUCGACGGGAACAUAACACAAACUUAUAGUUUAUACUAAAUCAACGACUCCUUUGAUGUUUUA